AUGCUGACGCCGCCUGGGCGUCUGGAGCGCGGGCGCGGGCGGCGGCGCCUGGCGGUGGGCGACGGCUGCGGCGCAACCCCCAAGGGCGAUGGCGGGCGCGGCGAUAUGACGCGCGUCCGACUCGCUGCCGCUGCCGCUGCCGACGAGUACGCGCGUCAGUGCUCGCCUAGUCAGCGUGUCAGCAGCUGGGAGCCGUCGACUCCACUGCCACCGCCGCCGCGCGCCGCGUGUGAACCGCUCGAGAUGGCCUCGCUCACAGGUGGCUUCGACGUCUACAACAUCGAGACGGCCAUGCCCAAGAUCGACCUGGACGCCAUCGAGUCGCACCUGCGUGCAGCUCGCGAGGAGGAGAGGCGGGGAUGAACCUACAAAUCUGCUUUAUGAAUGAAACAGUGUCAGAUCCUGAGUCUCCAAGCUCAGACACAGAAUCAAGUUCAUCUCCAGCCAAAUCCAGCCCAGAGAAAAUGGCUGUUCCUCGUAGCCAUACUCUUCCAAUAAAGCAGCCUCUACCUGCAGCUCCAGUUGCUACAGCAACACGACCAUCCACAUCGCUCUUGUCUCUUCCACUCAGAAGGGAACCUGACCCUGCUCCCCCUAUGACUGAAGCAGACUUCUUUGCCAGGCAAGCUCAGUUGCAGGCCGAGGCUCGGUUAGCCCUGGCGCAAGCCAAAGAAAUGGCUCACAUGCAGAUGGAAGUAGAAAGGCAACGCCAGAAGAAGAGCCCUAUCACAGAGAUGGUUCGAUCAAGUUUGGAGAAGGUGGGUAUACCAUUUCCAGAAGAUCGUAGACGAGUAAGCAGACAACUUCUGACUGAAAUGAAUGUGGCUCAACUUCAAGUUAUAGUAAAUGAUCUUCAUACACAAAUAGAAGUGCUCAAUGAAGGAUUGGUAAAGUUCCUAAUGGAUCGUGAUGAUCUUCACAUGGAACAGGACUCUAUGUUAGUGGAUAUAGAAGAUCUGACUCGAUAUUUGGGGGCUAAAGAACAAACAGCUAAAGAACAAAAGGAAGUUAAACUAAUAAACCAGAACAACAACCUGCUUACAUCUGCAAAACCGAAGAUAACAAGGAUAGCCAACCUUGUCAAGAAAUGAAAGAUGUGAAGUGCUGGGAGUGGGCUGCCUUUGUGUAAGGACACUAAAUGGCAAUUCUACAGCAAGCAGCAUCUUUUGUUUCAUUCCUCUGUGGAUUAGAAAGCAUUUGUUGCUUUCUGUUUUAACCUAAAGCUAGUCCUGGCAACUGUAUCCUUACAGUGUGCUGUCAUCAGAUCACUGUUUUAAGAUGUCAUUAAACAACUUUUCUUGUAAGUUUUGUCUAACUAGUACAGUAAUAUUUCCCAAACUAUUGUUGCUCUCUCGUUAACUUCACUACUGUGACGCAACAAACCAUGAAAGUUCCCCAAUUGUAAUAACUUUACUGUGUUAUAACAUUCCUAUGUGGACAAGGAUUAUAUCGUCUUCAGUGCACUUGUGAUUGCAAUAAGUAAAAAUGUGAGCUUUGAGUGUUAUGCAACAUUUUCUCAUACUGUACUUGUAUGUCAGUUGGAAGGAAACAAGGUCUGUUGAUGACUUUUGAAGUAUUUAAUUCACAUGUAUACCACUGAAUGUCUAGAAAUGGUUCUUGAUGUUCAACUUUGAUGGCUAUAAAAUACACUGAAUCUUUUGUUGCAGAGUCUUAUGGUAGCCGACAACUUACGUAAAUAUAAUAAGGGAUAAGAAAAUGUGUGCGAUUGUUUGUGUGUGUAAUGAAAACUGGAUGUGUUAUGAAAGUUGCUUUAAGUUAGUGGUAGUAUUAUCUCUGCAACAAAAGACAUUGAGGCAUGAUAAAUUAAAAAUCAAAAUCACAUUUUUUAGUAGCUGUACACUUGUUUCAAAUAUUUAUUUUGUCUAGUAUUUAUUUCUAGACCGAAUAAGACACAAUUUAAGAAUUGAAUAUAUUGAAUUGAAUGUUCCGGGUUUGAUUUGGUUUAGUAAGAUUAAUAGUCAACUUUUAAAGAUUUUAAGUGUUCUGGCUUUCUGUAUAUAAAAUGCAAAUAAGCUGGAGCCAUAAACUUGAUGCAUUUAGGUACAUAGAUGAGCAUUUGAACUACCAUUGUAAUUUUAAGAAUGGUCAGUGGACUUAAUUAUUUAAGUAAAACCUUCCUACUGUGCCAAAACUGUAUCUCAAAUUUAACUGUGACAUUCUCAUAUCCUACACAAGUUACAUCUCUGGCAUUACUGAAUUACAGUAGUUGGAGGUCAGUUAUAGGCUUCAAUAUGCCCGUGAACUGAAACGAAAGAUACCUAGUUUUCAGCAUAUUCCACCUACUCUCAUCAGAUAUUCCCAGAUAUUGUGUAAAAUUAUUAGCUAGGUACUAUAUAAAUGGAAACUUCACAACUUCUUUUACUGUUUAAAAUAUCAAACAUCUUAGUAAAAAGAAUACUUUUUGUAACGAUGAAAAUAUUGCAUGCAUCAUAUGUAGUUACAAACAUGUGGGAAUUACUGUUGGGAGUUGAUGGUGAUUCUUAAAAGCACGUCAUUGUGAGUUUAUAAAAUCACUUUAAAUUUAACUCUAAUUAACUUGAGUGUCUAGUAAUUUUGUAGAGGGCUGAUAGUUUGUGAGGGAAAAGGGCAAUGGCAUAUCAUGUAAGACUGUACAAUUUCUUGUGCAUUCAAUAUCAAAACACUUCAGAAAUUUGUUAUUAGUUGCUACUGCUAAAACAUUAUUUUGGAAGUGUAUUAUUGUAAAAGAUAAUUGACAAUGUUUAAUCUGACCUGACUGAGUCUUAUGGAGUUAUUCUCCAGUAUUAAAUGUGAAUAUUGUGCACAGUAGGGUUACUUUUAGGAAUCUAUAAUGUGUUGAUCCUAAAUCUGUUACCUGUUGCUUCAUUGCACUUAGAACAAUGAACUAAAUUCUAAUUAGUGUGUCAGUUCUGCCUGGUCUCCUUAGAUUAGGGACCAAUGCCUAUUCUUGUAUUCAAACCCAGUUUCCCCCCAAAAGCAAUGUGCAGCUUGACAAAACAAUAUUAUUAAUAAAAAUAAUUUUCAUUCAGA